CCUAGAACCCGUGAGCAAUAAAGAUUGGUAAGAGGAGUUAAGGCGCGAAAAUAGCCGUUAGAGGACGCGAAGGAGGUAAGAGGAGUGCGGGUAUUUAAGGAUUGGGAGGUAGGAGGAGUGAAAUCACACACAACAUUCCUACUUGAGUGAAAAACAGAGUGAGGAUUGAGGGAGAACACGAGACGCGACGGGAAAGGAGAAGAACGUUAGGAAGAUAGAUCAAGUAAGAAAGUAAGAAUCGGCCAAGAUUUGGAAUUAAACGAGCCUAGUAUCAUUAUAUGCGUGGGGGCUGUUUCUACUUCUUGACGCAACAGUUGAGUUUUCCGCCCCAAGUCCCACACCUCCUGGAUCUUUAUAUGCGUGACUGCCUCUCCUAUUAUAAAUAUGCCCCAUGCCCCCUGUUUUUGGAAGAAUGAAUUAGUCUGCUUUAUUAAGAUGUAUUCUUGCAAAUGUGGAGUUCCGUUUUGAAAUUGAGAGUGUUUCUCUAAGGAUUCUAUACAAGAAACCUUCCUGUUUAUUCCAAAUUUUCAUUGUGGAAUUUGGCAAAGUUUAAUAUUCUUUACACUUCUUCCGUGAGAUUGGGUAUCCUCGUACAUGACCACCUAUGGAAUCAUCAAGCCCAUCAAAGUACCCAUCAAAGUACGCGUUUCGAAGAACGUAAGCACACACCAAUUGCCCAGCGGUUUACCAAAACCUACAAGUCUUGAAUUCAAUUGCCCAGCAAUACCAAUACCAACAAAAUAUCAUGGCAAUUAGAAACAUCCGCAAUAAUCUCAGGUUGGUCUCAAUUCAUCAAUCUUGUAAUUCUACUUUUCACAUCUCGUUCUUCUCUGACACCCCAACUUCAAGUUCAGCUACUCUCCUUUCUCCUCCCCGCAUCUCAUUCGGGUGUUCAACUCUUUCCUUCCCCAAUCACCCUUUUGCGGGUUCUUCAACUCCUUGUUCUAAUGUUGAUAAUGGGCACUCACCCUUCAAUCUCAAUUUGCACUUUCAUACUCGCGUGUAUUUUUGUACUUUUUGUACUCGUACGUGUACUCCUUACUGGGGUAGGCCUCUUGCUACUUCAGAGCAGAUUUCUCAAAUCAUUGCACUGAUUCGUGAGGAUGGGGAUGAUUUGGUAGCCAAGUUGAAUAGUAUGAACGUGUCUUUGUCUCAUACGUCAGUUGUUGACAUUUUUCAGAUAUUAGCCAGUGACAGAGUGUCAGCAUUGCAGUUCUUUGAUUGGCUUAAAGUUUCUGAUCCUGAUAUUUGUUGUGAUCCGGAUAUAGGUAGCUUGUUUGUUCUUAACUGUGGGUUGUUGUGGAAUUUUGAGGCAAUGGUUCCUGUUUUGCGUGGAUUUAGCCUUAAAAGGGUGUUUUUGGGAAUAAAGGCUUUUGGGUUUUUGCUGGAUUUAGGUUUGGACAAGACUUCUAGAAUAAAAUGUGUGAAAAAGAUUAUGACCGUGUUCAAUGAGGUUGGCGGGGUUUAUCAAAGUUUUGGAGUUCAGUUGUUGAUAGAAAUGUUUGGUCUUUCAGGAUCGUUUGAGACAGCUGAGUUUGUGAUAAGAACAGCGGGGAGAAAGAUUAAAAACUAUCAUGUGUUAAUGAGGAUAAUGUGUAAGAGAGGUGAUUGUAAAAGAGUAGGAGAUUUGGUUAAGGAGAUGGAGAGAAGUGAUUGUGAUAUGAAUGCAGGUACGUAUAAUUUGCUACUCAGUUGUCUAUGCAAGAGUGGUAAAAUUGAUGAAGCUUGGCAAGUGCUUGAAGAUAUGGAGAAAAACUAUGGUUUAACUAAUGCGCAUAGCUUUGGUAUUCUUAUUAACACAUUUUGUAAGAGGCAUCAGUUUGAUUUAGUUAUGAAGCUUCUUGAUAAAAUGACUCUUAAGGGUAUUGAACCAAGUAUUUUAACUCAUGCUGCGAUAAUAAAGUCCUAUUUUGAAUCAGGAAAGUACGAGGAAGCACACGUGUAUGUGAUUGGUUCUGCCGAUAAGCUUAGCUAUUAUAGCAAUGCAAACUACAGCUUGCUAGCUACCCUUCAUUUGAAGAAUGGGAAUGUUCUGCUUGCCAGUAAGGUUCUUUCUGAGAUGAUGGACAAGGGUCUUAUACCUAAUUUUUCAGCAUACAAAAAAGUUAGGACGCAUCUCGAGAAGAAAGCCGAAAAAGAUUUGUCUAUGGAAUUAUCAAGAAGAUACUUGAGCUUGAUUGAAAAAUGAAAGAUUUUGAAUUUUACAUGACCAGAUGCUGUAAUUCCAGCCAUGUUUGCUUAAUAGUUGCUCUACAUACUGAGCGGUCCCCAGUUAAUGACGUUUGCUUCUGCCAUUUUGCUGGUUUCAUCAUUGAUAAGUCUACAUUCUGCCAGUUUGUUCUACAUACUUGCUUAAUAUUGGUAAUUAUCCUUUACUGUUUUUUUUUUACCCAUUUUCGUUUUCUUUACAAUGCCUUCAAUUCCCUAUGUUAAAUCUGAAAUACAAAACCCAGAACAAGAUCAUGUGCAUUCACAGCAUUGCAUUGUACUAGUUGCAAUUUCUGAUUGAAAACUAUUUUUAAGUGGUCUAAAAUGAUCUUCAUGUUCCAAGAAUUCAGAAAUAAGUACUUGGCAGUCAAUGAAGGUUGA